CUGUGUUGGACUCUGCGGUCUGGAGGCGUUCGAUGCUCUCCGGCUUGACGAGUAGAGUCUCCUGAGCAGUGCAUGGCUGAGUUGUGGAUGUUCACAACGAUUUAAAGGCGAGGAGCGGGAUUUUCAUUUCAAGCUGACAGCCAGCCAGCAUGGGUCGGCGCUCGUCUGACAGUGAAGAUGACAGUCGGAGCAGGAGGAAGAAAAAAGCGCGUCGCCGGUCAUCCUCUUCUUCCUCGUCUUCGUCUUCAUCCUCCGGCAGCAGGGUGACCAGUAGCCGGGGUCGGAGGUCCAGUCGCCGGAGCCGCUCUCGCUCAAGGGACAGGGACAAAGACAGGAGGAGGAGGAGACGUUCCAGUAGCAGUUCGUCCCACAGUUCAUCUCGCAGGAGGAGGAGUCGCAGUGCGGAGAGAGACAAAGGGAGGAGCCAUCGCUCACACAGGUCACGCAGCCGAGACAGGAGUUCUCAUUCUCGCCACCGGCGGUCUCGCAGUAGGAGCGGCAGCCGCAGCCGGCGAGGGACCCACAGCCGCAAAAAGAGCCGCAGCCGGAGCCACAGCAGAGAGCGGGACCGGAGCCGCCGUAAGGGCCACGGCCGGGAGAGAGAGAAAGACAAGGAGAGGGACAGAGAAAGAGAACGAGACAAGGACAGAGAGAAAGAUAAGAGUAAAGACAAGUCAGACAAAAAGGGGGACGCCGGGAACAUCAAAGCCAGAUUAGAACAUCUGACUCCAGCAGAGCAGGCCAAAGUUCGAAUGCAUAUGGUCCUGCAGGCCGCCGCUAAGACGGACGAGGUGCUGAAGGCUAAAGUAGCCAAGAGAGAGGAGGAGGCCCGGAAGAAACUAGAGGACCAGGGAACUUCUCUGGAGGAGCAAGUGCGAAGGAUAAAGGACAUUGAGGCCAUCGAGAGUGAUUCCUUUGUUCCUCAGGCUUUCAAAUCAUCCAGGGAUGAUAUAAAGGCUGAGCCAGUUGAGGUGAAGCUGGAGUCAGAGAGGGCAGAUUUUCAGGACAUCAUUCUUCCUAUCUCCAUAGUCUACAAUGACAGUGACACGCUCGCCCAUCCCAGUUUGUUUAUGGACAAGGAGAAGGCUGAGGAGCUGUGGCUCAGCAGACUGAUCUCGCUACGGCAGGAGAGGCUCAUGGGAAGUCCUGUGACCUAAAGGACACCAGAAACCCAGAAGAUAUUUCCUGUUCCAAGUGCAGUUUCAGUUGCUUUGAUUGUGUCUGUCUUGUAUUAGGACGUUUAUUACUUUAAAUUUCCACUAAUGUCUCCUAUGUAUUGUAAAAACAUGUCAGAACUUAAACAAAUGAACAGUUUUUGGUCCUGGUGUGCUUAUUAUUUUAUUAAUGUUAAUGUGAUUCAAUUGAACAAUCUGCUAUUCUUUAUUUGGCUUCAUUUAUUUUUAAUGAAGGAAGAACCUGUUUUAUUGUGUACAUAUAGCAUUUGAUACAUUUUGUCUUUGUAAUCAGCUGAGGUAAAUAAAGAUAGCUUUGGGA